AUGCCGAAACAUUCUGGUAGCUUGAAGAAGACAUCGCUCAGCUCGAUUGAGCAAUACGAGCUGAGCCAAUGGCUAAAGGAUAAUCGCAUCAAUGCAUCCAAUCUGAGGCGUUCUUUUACGGACGUCCAUCCGCUGGCACGCCUAAUGCUGCGUCACUUUCCGAGACUGAUCGAUCUCAACUACUAUCCGCCGCGGAACAGUGUGCAGAACAAGUUGUGCAAUUGGGAGUCCUUCAACAAGCGGGUGCUGGCCCGUCUCAAUCUGCAUCUGACACGCGAACAGAUGGUACGGGUGGCACGCAGUGUGCCCGGAUCCGUCGAUUUGCUGCUGUACAGCGUGAUGCGUAUCCAAAAGAUGGCGGAGCGGCGAGCGCAGGCUGCGCAAGACUCUAGCGCCGAGCAGGACGACGACGACGAAGCGUCCAAGCCGGGAUCCGAGUCGCAACCGGUGAGCAAGACUCCGGCUAAGGCAAUGGAUUCCGUUGUAGGCAAUAGCGUCGCCAGACCAAAGGACAAAACACUAAAGAUGAAACGCACAGAGGCUGCAGGCCACAACAAGAGGCAGCGAGGUAGCAAGGAUCUACAAUUGACCUGGCAAAGAGGUGAAAUAUACAUGUACAGCAGUACCGAUAUCGAGUGCCCGAUUGAUAUGGUAGUGCGCAGAAAUAGAAUGCACACCAUAAGCAGCAAGAGUCUGAGCAACGAGGAGAUUGCCGAGGUGCACAAGUGGCUGCAACAGAAUGAGUUUAAUGCAUCGCGAAUUCGACGCGAAUUCUCCGAUGUGCUGCCGUUGGCGGAGAUGAUGAAGCGGGAUUAUCCGCGUCUCGUCGAUCUCAACAACUUUCCGAAGCGCAGCAGUGUACAGCGUAAGGUGGCCAAUUGGGAGGCCUUCAACUACAAGGUGCUCUCCAAGUUCAAUCUACAAAUGAAUCCCGAGUUCAUAUUGCUGCUCGCGACGGGUGCACAUGGCGCCGCCGAGGUCUUACUUAGCGAGAUAAUGCGCGUGAAGAAGCGUCAACGUGUGGUGGAGUCACGCAAUGCGAUCCUUGCCCAGGAACAGAUCUGGGAGGAGAACGAUGAGGUCAAGACGGUGAUCGUUAACAAACAGGUGGGCGACGGCAUCGUUCAGGUGCCACAGAAAAUGAUACUCUAUUCGCUCUACGAGAAUAUGGCCCGUGACAAUCAAGCCAAGGAUUUGAUAAUUGAAACGAACCGCAAGCGACUCGCCCACAUGGAGAACAUCAUCAAGGUGAAGACCGAGCGCAUCGACGAGCUUCUCAUCCAAGUGGGCAAGUCACCCACCAAUAAGCCACAAGUCAGUCCUCGGUCCAGCUUCACUUCACGUCUCGCCUCCACAUCACUGCUCAGCUACGAGGCUCUGGGAUGCACACGUAAACGCCAUCCGAAUACGCCCGUCUCCUCCGACUAGCCAGCCGGAUGGAGGAGACAAAAGGCAGGGAAAGAGAGAGAGAGAAGCACACUAACAGAGUGAAAAAGAAAGAGGAGGGAAAUGGUACUGCGUUUGGAUUUGGAGUUUAUCUAUUAUAUAUUUUUUUAAUUAUAGCAGAUACAGAUACAGAGAGAGAGA